GAGAGUUAUCCAUAUUAGCAAAUAAAUAGGCUAAGAACAAGGUCUUUGUUCAGUAGGUAACCUAAGAGAUUACAAGAACAAGGAGGCUCUGAUACCACUUGUUGGUCCCGGAUAUACAAGGAACAGUCUAGAGGGGGGUGAAUAAACUGUUAUGGUUUUUAACUAUUUCAAGCUAAGUACUAAGAUUAACAUAAUAGCUUGUUCUGUUGAAGAACAGACUGGCAGCGGAUGAUCUCUUGUUAGGGGUUCUAUCCGGUUAGCCUCACCGAGGUGUAAAGGCAAUAGGCCUUCUGUUAACUCUUAAGACUUGUUCUGUUGAGCACAGAGACCGGGUCUUUUGGAGUUAAGCAGUUUAAAGAUGAAUGCAAGAAUUAAAAGUGCAGUAAGUAAAUGACACAGAGGAUUUUUAUAGUGGUUCAAGGAACAACUCGUUCCUCUAGUCCACUGUUCCACUAAGCUUGUAAAAGUCACAAUUAUAAUGCCUUAGCCCUAGCACUUAAGAAGCUCUCCACGUCUUCUUCAUGUGUAGAUGUCACCUAGGAUGCACUCCCUUGCUUCCGUAUGACUGGUCCUUUCACUGAGUUUCCUUGAAGUAUCCCCAUUUCAUUACUCCAGUUACUUUGGACGCCCUUCUUUUGCAAGAAGAUUGUUUUAUUAAAAGACAGAUUUCUCCAAAGUGGAUUCGUUACAAAAGAUAUGUAGAUGAGGCUUUUGAAGUGUUGAAGAACUGGAACUUUGCUCUUGUUGGAUAUGGUAGAUGUGGAAAAAAUAUCUUUUCCAACGUAAGCUUUCCUUGUUGAGGGAGAUGGAGUUCAGAUUUCAAGAGAGCUUGAAUAUUGUAGUGAGCAAAAGUUGUUCGAGUAGUUCUUCAAAGUGUAUCUUAUAUACUGAGAGUUGUUUUCCCGUGGGAGUGUAGAGACAGCUUCAUUAAAUGCUCGUACUGUAGAUUUGACCGGUUGGUCCCAAAUGCAGGUGGCUUGCUAUUUUUAGGCGCAUAAAGAUAUUCUUUUUGGAUCCUUGGUCAAUCAUCAGCUUUAAAUAUCUCAACGUGUGAAGCACAUUAAAUGGGCACUUAAUGCGCUUACUGUAACUUUCUCGUUGAGAGGCUCCUAGCCGUUAGGGUAUAUCCCGUUAGUUUAACUGGCUUAGGUAGCAGCGAAAUUCUCUAAGUGUGAGGCUAUCUGUUGCUUUACACAGAGGGGCAAUCUCAGAGAGCCUCGAUCAUUUCUGUCCAGUAGAAGUCCAACAGAGGGCCUGGAGGUCUUCUGUUCAGUAGAAGUCACACAGAGGGCCUGAAGGUCUUCUGUCCAGUCGAUUACUCUAAUGCUUACAUAUGGAAAUUUCUAAUACAAUUUUCUAAAGGGGUUAUGUUAUAAAGUCUACUAAAUCUAGCAUCAUCAAAAUCUAAAUACAAUUUAUUCCUUACACUUCCUUUGAUGGAACCAAAGCGGUUGAAGGGGCGAUACUUAGAGACACCAAUGGAAAUCUUCUUCGGGCCAUAACUUUCCCUGUGCCAGUGAUGAAUCCCUUACAAGCCGAAAUUCAAGCUUUAUAUUCCUCCAUUAAAAAACAUGACACAAAACAGUUACAACAACUUCCAGGCACAGACAGAUUCGGAAAUAGGAGUAAAGAUGAUCAUAGGAACGACUACUAUACCUGGCUAUUUGGAGCAAAGUAUUGGACGAAUCAACAGCUUCAGAAGGAACCACAACAUCUCAGUCAUAUUCCGCCCGCGCGAGGCCAAUUUCGUAGCCCAUCACCUCGCCCAAUCAGGUCUUCAUUCGUCCAUAACGGAGACGUCCUCGUUCACUGUGGCCGAUCUUCCUGCGAAAGUAAAAAAAGCUUACUUGGAGGACAAAAACGACGCUUCUCUGUUCCGGUUGAGCCGUAGGAAAGGGUCGUCUCUCAUCCACACCAGUUACACCUGAAGGAAUUGACUCUCUCUAUCACUAAGCCUAUCCGCUACUCUAACCCUAAUGACAAUUUUCGCAUCAUGUUUGGAGCAUAAUGCCGGUUGGAGCAUUAUGUUUUUGCAUCAGCUAGGGCCAGGGAAUUUUGGACACACAAUGCUUUAUUCUACAAGGCUCACUCGGUCUUGACUUUACUCUCCUGUUUUUUAGUUAAAUACUCCAUCCGUUCUUAUAACUUUGCCAACUUUCCUUUUUUGGAUGUCCCAUUAACAUUGCAUCUUUCCCAUUUAAGUAAAAAAUUUGUCGUUCCAGUUAAUUCUCUCUCCUCUGCACAAACCUCAAGCGCACAGUUUUUACUUUAUUAUUUCCCGUACCGUUCAAACUUGACAAAGUUAUUAGGGAC